AGUCUCCUUCAGCAUUCCUGAUGGAGAGGUUCAGGUCUAGCAGAGGGGAGCACGUCAACCCUGCUUACGAUGCCAACUUGGACGAGCCUCCUGUCUAUCAGGAGCCCAAUGAGAGCAGGAUCAUCCGGCCUUCGGUGGUCAGCGCCUUUGGUCACGACACUCUGGACCGAGUGCCCAACAUUGACUUCUACCGUAACGCGGGCAGCGUGAGCGGUCACCGGGCCGUGCGGCCGUCCCUGCAGGAGCUCCACGAUGUCUUCCAGAAGAACGGAGCGAUCUCUGUGCUGGACACAGUCAAGGACGAUGACGAGGAGAGUGAAGAUGCCCCCUCCGAUGAUGUGGAAUCUGCUGCUCCGAUGCCCAGCGACAAAGGAUCUGUCAAGUUUGGCUGGAUAAGGGGAGUCAUGGUGAGAUGCAUGCUGAAUAUCUGGGGUGUCAUUCUCUUCAUCCGGCUCUCCUGGGUGUUUGGACAGACGGGCUGGGGUCUGGGAAUUGUGGUCAUUGCUCUCAGCUGUGUGGUCACCACCAUCACCGGCCUUUCCAUGUCUGCUAUCUGCACCAACGGCGUGGUCAGAGGGGGAGGAGCGUACUACUUGAUAUCUCGCAGUCUGGGUCCAGAGUUUGGAGGAUCGAUCGGCCUGAUUUUUGCCUUUGCCAACGCGGUGGCUGUGGCCAUGUAUGUGGUGGGCUUCGCUGAGACUGUGGUGGAAUUGCUCCUGGAAUAUGACUCCAUCAUGGUUGAUCCAUUGAAUGACAUCCGGAUCAUCAGCUGCAUCACGGUGGUGGUGCUUCUGGGUAUCUCAGUGGCUGGAAUGGAGUGGGAGGCAAAGGCUCAGAUCGUCCUGCUCGUUAUUUUACUGGCGGCCAUCGUGAACGUGUUUGCAGGAACAUUCAUGCCUGCCGACGAUACAAGGAAGUCCCAAGGGUUUUUCGGUUAUAGCGCGGAAAUCUUCUUAGAGAAUUUUGCUCCAGAUUUCAGGGGUUCUGAGUCAUUUUUCUCAGUCUUCGCCAUCUUUUUCCCUGCCGCAACCGGUAUCCUGGCAGGAGCCAACAUCUCUGGAGACUUACGGGAUCCCCAAUCCGCCAUACCUAAAGGUACCUUGCUGGCCAUCGUGAUCACUGGUAUCACCUAUCUGGCUGUGGCCCUGUGUGUAUCUGCUUCCGUUGUCCGAGAUGCCACAGGAAACGUUACAGACGCCAUCAUCUCGCCAAUAUUCUGUAACGGAUCAGCAGCCGCUGCCUGCGAACUUGGCUUUGACUUCUCCUCCUGCGCUGAAAAACCGUGCGCCUAUGGCUUAAUGAACAACUUCCAGGUGAUGUCCAUGGUGUCUGCGUUUGACCCUCUCAUCAUUGCCGGAACCUUCUCAGCCACCCUUUCUUCCGCUCUGGCUUCACUUGUCAGUGCACCGAAAGUCUUCCAGGCUCUCUGCCAAGACAACAUCUACAAGAUCCUGCACUUCUUUGCCAAAGGAUACGGCAAAAACAACGAGCCGAUUCGCGGAUACAUCCUCACGUUCAUCAUCUCUGUGGCCUUCAUUCUCAUCGGUGAUCUGAAUGCCAUUGCACCCAUCAUCUCAAACUUCUUCCUGGCAUCCUACGCUCUCAUCAAUUUCUCCUGCUUCCACGCAUCUUAUGCCAAGUCUCCAGGGUGGAGGCCAGCGUACAAGUACUACAACAUGUGGCUGUCCCUGCUGGGAGCCUUGCUCUGCUGCGCUGUCAUGUUUGUCAUCAACUGGUGGGCCGCUCUGAUAACCUAUGCCAUCGAAAUCCUCCUUUACAUAUACGUCACCGUCAAGAAGCCAGAUGUGAACUGGGGCUCAUCCACACAGGCAGUGACGUUUGUGAGUGCGGUCGGCAACGCUUUGUCCCUUUCUGGUGUUGAAGAUCACGUCAAGAACUUCAGGCCUCAGAUGUUAGUGCUGACAGGUUCAGCACGGGCCAGACCAGCUCUUCUGGACCUGGCUCAGUCCUUUUCGAAGACCUUCGGGCUUUGUAUCACCGCUGAAGUGUUUGUGGGUGCAAGAUCAGAGGCCCUUCAGGAGAUGAACGCUGCCAUGGAGAAAAACCAGCUGUGGCUGAGGAAGACCAAACGCAAGGCCUUUUAUGCAGCCGUGGCUUGCGACGAGUUCAGGGACGGAGCUGACAGCCUGCUGCAGGCCUCUGGUCUCGGCCGCAUGAAGCCGAACACGCUGAUGAUCGGCUUCAAGAAGAACUGGAGGACCGCCGGCACAGACUCAGUGCAGAGUUAUGUGGGAAUACUGCACGAUGCCUUUGACUUGGAAUAUGGAACGGUGAUCCUGAGGAUAAGUGAGGGACUGGAUAUGUCUCACAUUGUCGAAGAAGAAGAAGAGAUGAUGAGGGCGGCAAAGGAGCAACGGGAACUGGAGAAAGAGACGAUGCCCAACGGAGGAAAACCCAAAGGCCUCUUCAGGAAGUCCAGGAACUCCUCCCAGCAAGUGCUCACGACAAGAGUGUCAGUGUGCGGCCCGCCACCCGCUCAGGUUGCCAAGAUGAAUGAGAGGCUGACCGAGGCCGGCCAUCAGUUUAAGAAGAAGCAGCCUAAAGGCACCAUCGACGUGUGGUGGCUGUUUGACGAUGGAGGCCUUACCCUGCUGCUCCCCUACAUCCUCACCACCAGGAAGAAGUGGAAAGACUCUAAAUUAAGGAUCUUCAUUGCUGGGCAGCCUGGACGCAGCGAGCUGGAUAAAGAGGAGAUGAAGUCACUGCUGCAGAAAUUCAGAAUCAACUGCAGCGACAUCACCGUGGUCGAUGACAUCCACGUGCCCCCCCGAUCUGAGAGCUCCAGGAAGUUCGAGGAAAUGAUCGAGCCCUUCCGUCUGCGCGAGGGUUCCGGAGACAGCGUUCAGGCUGCGGCCAUGAGGAAACAGAAUCCCUGGAAAAUCACCGACGAAGAGCUGAGCAGCUUCGAGGAGAAGACCAACCUCCAGAUACGAUUGAAUGAGCUCCUUCAAGAACACUCAAAACUGGCCACUCUGAUCGUUGUGAGCAUGCCCAUCGCUCGUAAGGAAUCUAUUUCUGAUUUCCUCUACAUGGCCUGGCUGGACAUCCUGACUAAGGAUCUCCCUCCGACCCUGCUCAUGAGAGGCAACCACAAGAGCGUGCUCACCUUCUACUCCUGAGCACCUGGUUGAUGGUAAUAGGAACAAUAGUAGAGCCGUAACAUACAGCGAUUUUAAACUAAAUCCGGCUGACAACAUUUAUACACCAGGACUCAUUCAAACAUGCAAGAAGUAAAAGACAGGUUUUAUAAAGCUUUACCUUCGGCCCAAAAGUUUUAUUAUUUAUCCACAUUUUCUCUGCUCAGUCUGUUAAGGUUCUCUAUGGAUAAAUUUUAUACUUUUUUGCUAAAUGAGUAGUUGAACUUUUACUAAGAAAAGCAUCUUGAUACUACAGUUUAUGGCUACAAAAGAAAAAAACAUUUGACUGUUUUGUUGUGCUGCCAGAGUCACAUCACUAAAUGUUUUAAUUUGAUGUCUGUGCAUAAGUCUGAAUGUGAAUUUAGCAACACAGGUGAUGUUUAAGCUUCUCACAGUAUUGGCUCAGGACUAAAGCAUGACUAAAAGUGUAGAAAAGGAACUUAAAGUCAUAAUUUGGGGUUGAAAUGACCUGGACUUGGCCAGACCACUUCUAUGAACAAAAACAAACAAAAACACGGCUGCUACAAAAGUUACACUAAGUGACUGUGACUGUAAAGUAAAUGUACAUAGUAGACAUAUGACAUCAAUACAAGUACCUUAAUUAAUAAAAUGACACUACCAUUGUUACUUUAUGUUUCAUCUAAAUAUUUGGUGAUAUUGAUUUGAUCUUCAGUAUAUUCACUGAGUGUAAAAUACAUAGCCAUGAUACAAUAUCUGUAAUGUUAUUAUCACAGUACAUCUGAAAUUAAAUAUUGAAAACUGUCAAUCCAAAUCAUUUGUAUAUUUUAGCCUACUGACUGUCUUUCUUUUUGAAAAUGGA